CGAGGUCCCAUAAAUUUGCACGCAACAAAACUCACAGAUCAAAGCUAUGGCGAAAGUACAAUCCUGCAAUCUUUCAUCAUGUUGCCACCGCAGUACAGAGAAGGGGAUAUAUAUAUAUAUACAAGAAAUCAUUCCAAUUCCAAACCGAGCGCAAUAUAAGAGGACGAGAAAAACUCCGAGAUCGAUCGACACACAGAGAGAGAUUAUCGAAGCUGGGAAGGGAAGAGAUGAUGCCUGCCAUUGCCAAGAGCUCCAUGGAGUUAGUUCUUGUCCCCUGUGCGGUGGCGACCAUGCUGGGUUACCACCUUCUCCUCCUCUACCGGAUCUUCCGGCGCCCGCACACCACCAUGAUCGGCUACGAGAACCACAACAAGCUCGCGUGGGUCGAACGCGUGGCGCGGGCGACGACGGCGCCAGAGGAGGCCGCGCUGGCGCUGAGUGUGAUCUCCGACGGCAUCUCGGCGUCGACCACGCUGGCGUCGCUCUGCAUCGCGCUGGCCUCGCUCAUCGGCGCGUGGGUGAGCAGCAGCGGCGCGUCCCCGGCGCUCACGACGUCCGGCGGCGGCGAGGCGACGGCGACGGCGAAGUACGCCUCGCUCCUGGCGUGCUUCCUCGCGUCCUUCACAUGCUUCGUCCAGUCCGCCGGGUGCUACGUGCACGCAAGCUUCCUGAUCAGCGCGCUGGGCUCCGACGCGCCGGUGAGCCACGUGCAGCGCGCGGUGCUCCGGGGCGGCGGCUUCUGGAACACGGGGCUCCGGGCGCUCUACCUCGCCACGGCGCUGCUCGUGUGGGUCGCCUUCGGGGCGGCUGCCAUGCUCGCCUGCUCCGUGCUCACCGUCGCCGUGCUCUACCUGCUGGACAGCAAUUCCGUGCCAAUGCACCGCCACCAGUUCAUGCUCCGAAGUAAAGGGCUGUCCGUGACGACGGCGAGACCGAUCGUCGUUGCAAGAGGAGCUGUUAUGAUGAAUUGAUAAGUCUGUCAUGAUCUCAGAACUCUUUCUUAUUGUAUACGUAUUAUAUUAUGGCA